AUGGACACGCGUAUCCGCUCGUUGUUGAAGGCGCCCAGCGCAGCGACCGAAUCCAAGUUAUCUGCCUACCCUUCAGCUCCUCGCCGUGCCGCGCCCCGCCACGCCUCGCCCCGCCCCACCCGCGCCCGCCUCGCCCUGCCCGCCCCUGCCUCGGCCUUGCGCCGCGCUCGCGCCGCGCUCGCCCUCGCGCAGGGGCAGCAGCGGCCCUCGCGUCGUGCUCGCGCGCAGCCGCCGUGCCUCGCCCAUGCGCGCCGGCCUCGCCCCACACGCCCCUGCGCGCGCCCGCCUCGCCCCGCCCGCGCACCGCUCGCCGCCGUCGCCGCCUGCGCGCUCGCCGAGGCCGCCCGUCGCAUGCAGUAG